AGUGCCUUAAUAUCAGGUAGAUAAGAAGUAGACUCAGGUUGAGAUCGCCCCAGUUGCAGUUGUAGUCUCGAUGCGGAUCUACUAGCUUCAGCACCACGAAAACGCGUCGCCCUCGCCUCAUAAGCCGUAAUAUGCGUUUUGACUGGUAUUGUGCCCACUGGAAGAAGGAAUAGUAAGAGCUAGUUGUACUUGCAACGAGCCCGGAGAAGAUGUGAUGAUCAAAAUUUAUUUGUCGAUUAACCUACACGUACAAACUCAUCAACAUAAGCUUGAUUCCUUUUUUAUUUUCGCAGAACAAGAAGGCACCACCCAGCGAUGAUGUCAGUCUCAUCUCCCGCUGCUUCCCACCGCGAUAAUGUUGCCAGCGACCUCGAUAUUAGCGACUUAGAGUUGAUCGGGGAUGACACGGCUAGUAGGCGGAACCGCUCCACCAUCGUGAUCGAACGCGACGAGGCCGAAGUGCAGGCGGAUUUUCAGGUCAAAGAGGAGGACACGAAGAAACUUAUCCACCACGACGAGUCCAACCAUGAUCAGAACCACCACCAAAACGGUUCAUCCCUGCUGGAGGCCCCGUCGAACUACAAGCGCAACAAGCGACGGCGGACGAGUGCUUUCUCCGCGUCGUCUGGACGAGACGGGGAAGAGAAAAAAAAUGGUUCGUCUUCCGCCGCGGAGAACAAACGCAGAUCCACAGUGCCCAUUGGGGAUGACAAUGAUGACGUCAAUCAUGAUCUUCGCCAGGACGACGAUGGCAACUACGGGACCAGAGAGCGCGGGAGGUCACCGCGGAGCGGCAAUAGAAAUCGGAGAAACAAUGUUCCAGCUGCUAGAGCAAGUCCUCGGCAGGUGGGUGGUGCUGGACCACAACAAGGGCGGGGCGUCGAUAACAGAACAACGACUAUCGGAAAAAUAAACAAUCCGAACAAACAGACUCGAAAGGGAAAGAAGAAAAAAAGGCUCAAUCAAAAGCAACGAAGAGAGCGGAGAAUGCAGCAGGAGGCCGCGGAGAAGCAGAAGGAGAAGGAAGAAAAGGAACCACGUCGUGGUGGCAGGAGCGAUCAAAGCGCUGGCAGGAGCGAUCCAAGCGAUAGUGGUUCGGAUGAAAGUAAAUCCGCUGUAGCUCCUUCCCAACAUAUUGGCCAAAAGGAUAAAAACGUAAAUUCUCGUGACCGACCGACCGUUCCACCGGUACAAGAGAAGAACUCAACUGACAACAAGGACAAGAACUCGAGCAAGCCGGCCAACAACAACAGCAGCAGAGUAAACAAGCGUCCGCGGCCGAAAACGAGCGAAGAGGAAGAACUGGAUGAAGAGCAGAAAAAGAAAAAUCGCGCCGCGCGAGCCGCGACGGCGGCGGACUACGCUAGGGAGCUGCAGUAUGGAAGCGUCAGGUUUGAAAUUGACAGAGUUGAAAUGAUUUGCCAUGCAUAAAAUGGAUACCAGUUGGAAGCCCAAUUUGUAAGCGGCGCAUGACAAAUUUUCGGAGCACUAGAAUCCAAUUUGUCAUGCUGUUUGGGCACAGAAGAGGAAGACUGCUUUUGUCAUGCUCCUUUACCAGCUCUAUCCCAAACCGUGAAUAGGCUCACAAUCUUCUGCCUCAUUUGCCAUCCCGGCAAGACAGGCACUUCAUGCCUUGCAUUUUAUGUAUUACAAAUUAUUUCAACUUUGCCGAUUUCAAUCCUGACACAUCCAUAUGCAGGAGCGGAAGGAGCGCGGAGGUGGUGCUGCGGGUACUAACAAGAAUGGUCAGAUCGGAAAUAAGAGCAAUGAUCGCGACAUUUUUACACAGAAACAACACAACAUCACACAGCCGAAGAUUUCCGUCGAGUCUUCCGUCGAAUCGCUUUCCUCCUCUGAGUCCUCAUCUUCGUCGUCCUCGUCUUCGGACUCCGAGCAGAAGCAGACACAGAAACCAACAAAUAAUAAUGCGAAUACGACGAGGGUUGAGGGAAAUAAAAGACCACCGGCUUCCGGUGCUGCAGCUCGGAACAAGCCUGAAGAUGUGCCUCCUCCAGAUCGGCCGACUAUACCGAAGAUGGCGCUUGUUUCGCGAGUGGACCGGAGUCCUCCGUCUGCAAAGGAGGUUGACGAGGCUGGCGGUCGCAGUCGGCGACAGAAUGUGCAAGAGCCAGAAAUGAAACGCCCUGGGAAUCAUGACAAGAGUCUCCACCUGAGACCCAGCGAAAUAAAAAAGAAUGCGGGAAAUGCAACUUCUACCCGACAACAUCCACCGGUAUUCAACCUUGAAGUUGGUGAGUUGAAAAGUGGAAAAGUGGUCACCGCAGCGUUGGAAGCGAUUGUGAAUGUGAAAAAAGAUGGACAACAGGCGGGACGGAGUGCUGAUCACGGUGAAAACAAGGAGCAAAACCGGAAUGAUCGCGUGAAAACUUCUGCGCAGGCCUCUUCAAGCACCAGUUCGUCAUCCUCAAGUUCCUCUUCUUCUGGUGGGUCUUCCAGCUCGAGCUCCUCUUCUUCCAACAAGAAAAACGAUGUGGAAAACAAGAAGCACAGGAGCCCAAAUCAAACUUCAGCUGCUAGAGUGCCACUCGGAGAGGACAAAAGCAGGAAAAUCCCAAAUCGUGAUCGGCGAGAGGAUCCCAAGCGCACGACGGGCGGCAAGAACGGAGAUCAUGAUGAUCAGCAUAGUACUUCUACUCGACCUUUUGGUCGAGGUUUGGUCCCGUUGCCACACAUCAAAGGGGAAGAAGUGGCGGUUACAAAUACAGCCGUGAGAAAGAGAGAUACGAACGAGCAGGAACAAAGCGCAGGAGCAAGGAGAAAAAGCAGUGAUCUGAUUUUCUCGACGGCGCAAGGAGCAAUGAAAGUCUCGGGUGCCGCUCCUGCGCCCGUAGAACUACACGAUUGGAAGAACAAACCAAAACGCUUUUCCAACACCGCUUUAGUUCCGUUACCGCCGAAGAAGAAAGAAGUUUCCCGCACCGGGCUGGACCAGGAGCGGAGGGGCCAGCACGGAGCAGAUCAUGUAGAAAAGAAACAAACCUCCCCCGCUGCGAGUCCUGUAAGAAGAAGAGGAAGCAGCAGCCGCAUAAGCCCCAUAGCCUCUUCACAACGGAAGAAUGCACGUAAAGUGGACGAGGCGGCUCUGGUAGAACCUCCUUCAAAUCAACAGAAGCGGAAUGACGUCGGUAAUAUCGGAAAAGAGCCAGUUCUGGUAGCUGCAGCGGCUGUAGAUGACUUAGAUUUUCAAAACGCAAAUAACGAUCCGCACGAAAAGUCGGCUUCAAGAAGUGGUCUUGCGACGCAACACAUCAAGAGCAAGGGAAUCCAGAACCAGAAGCAAAAAGGAGGUGGAAAAAAUAACUCAUCUUCUGCACCCUCCGCGGUCACGAAACAGUCCGUAGUUCUACUCGAAAGUCCUAGAUGGCAGGCAAUGACUUCCAAUGGUGAAUCAGGGAUAGUUCUUCCUGCUCAAAUAAACCAGAGCAAGCACAACAAGCAGCCUGCAGACAAGAAAAACACCAAUGUCGUCGUUUUGCUUCCGAAGAACAAAAGUGCGGCUGGAGGUAACGAAAACAGGGCACCAGCAGAGAAUACGGAGAAGAUGCAGACAAAAGCAACACACCUCCGGGAGCGGUCGUCUCGUCGAGAGGAUGUAGACGAUAUCCAGGGAAAAACACCCAUCUCCAUCCAAUGUGUCAUUGCAAAACAUGUAAAAAAAAGCCAGUGUUUGUAAUGCAUAAAAUGGAUCGAUGGGGGUGUUUUUUUUUCUGGGGAUAAAUGAGACCGCUGUAGCAGCUCCUUCUGCUGUGGUAUUUAACAACGUAGUUCUUACCCGGAACAGCAAAACAUCUAAAUCUAACGAUAGCGGCGUUGUACAACUACCACUCGCUCGUCUUUUCAAUAAAAGCGGGCCCUCACCCUCUUCUAAAUCUAAAGAUCCAGACGAAGCAAAACAUCAGCACACCGUCGAUCUAAAAACAGCCGGUCAACCACCGCCUAUGUCGAAGAGCAAGAAAAAGAGGCUAAGGAAGCAGUUGCAAAAACAGAAAUCUAAAGAAGUGGAGGCAGGGAAUAACGGUAAGCAAAAGAUAGAAGCUGCGACCGUGCUUCUUGUUGCUGCCGCGCAAGCACCUUCGGAAGUCAACAAGAAAGCGGUUCUUGUCCCGAGCAAAAAAUACCAACAGGACAGAACCAUAGAAGCCAAUGAGGAGCCAGUAAUUCUGCAGAUGAAGCGUCCUUCUUUUUCCAUCAACAGAAGCAACAGUCUAAACGCCUCCAGCACGACCAGCACAUCAACUCCAAUCGUCACCGACCCCAUGCUUGCGACUAUCUACGAGAAAUCGCAGACACAGCGCAGGACCGGCCGAAUUUGCAAAUACUGGCCCGCGGAACAAUACGGCUGGAUUGAAUCGCCGAAACUCGCAAAAUUCUGGGGUGGCGACGCGUUUUUCCGAGUGAGUGAAAACCCACUAUUGGGGGAUGUGUUUGGCAGUGAAAAUACGUCCGGCUCGAAGGAGGGGAGCUUUGUCUCUUUUGACAAGGUAGAAUGGAACAGCUUUAACGACCCGGAGGUUUUUGGCGCGAAGUUUUUAAGAGAAGGAGACUGUGGCUAUUUUGCUUCUUGAAGGUCGAGGCGUCGAUGUCAUCAUGCAUAAAAAAAAAACGCAUCUGUACAAUAACCUUUUGCGAUAUCAGAUCAUGAUGAACACAAAAGACAACGUACAAUUUUAAGAAUCUAAAGAAUGCAAUAGGGGAGCUGAAAAGCGGAUGGCUCUUCCGGCUGGGAACCACCUUCGUGUUUUUCUUUCUUCGCGCUCGCGGCUCUGUUUGACAUACUUAAAUUUUAGUUUUGCGAUCGGUCCGUCGUUUGAUGUGCCUAUUCCUUGGUUAAGAUCUGUUGGUCUUUUCUCAAGUGUCG